UUGAAGAGCAGAAGACAGUGAAACACUACGUUCCUUCUUCCCCACGAAUCAAAACCACAAUCUUGUUCCUAUUCAGUUUGCUUCGUAACAGAGGGAGAGAGAAUGGGGAAAAGACACAUCCCCGACCCUCCGCAGUUGAAGAAAUACCGUGUUCCUUUAUACUCUGUUGCUUGGCUUCCCCAACACCGAUCACGAUUCCGAGCCGGAGCCGGACACUCCCGGCGGCAGCUACCUUGUCUUCGCCGGUGGCGGCGGACAAGGCCGCAGCGGCAUCCGCAAUGCUGUCUUGCUCGCGCACUUUGAUGCCGCAUCCAAUUCCCUCUCUGACCAACCGAUGGUUUGACUGGGAUCUAAACAAGAAUUCUGAAAUUCAUCAAUUGGGUCUCAAGUCAUCAGAGAAAGUGCUAACCCAGUUGGAGGAUGUUGGACUGCAAUUAGCAUUGGCAUUCAACAAUGAUGGUACUGCACUAGCUGCUGGUGGGGAGGAUGGAAAGCUAAAGGUUUUCAAGUGGCCUAGCAUGGAAAUUAUUCUCAACGAGCCUAAUGCUCAUUCUACUGUCAAGGACUUGCAUUUUAGCUCCGAUGGUAAGUGGAUUGUAUCUUUGGGUUCUGGUGGCCCAUGCAGGGUUUGGGAUGUUUCUUCAUCAAUAGUUUUAGCUUCUCUAUCAAAUGAAAAUCGUGAAAUCUUUAGCGCUUGCAGAUUCUCCCAAACAAAUGAUAGCACUCGAGUACUAUAUAUUGCUGCCAUGGCAGAUAAUCGUGGAAGCAUCCUGACCUGGAAUACACCAACAUGGGAAAGGAUGGGCUCAAAGUAUAUUACUCGAGAUGCAAUCUCUGCUUUGAAUGUCUCAGCUGAUGGAAAGUUUCUUGCAUGUGGAACACCUUCAGGAGACAUUGUAAUCGUAAGUUCAACAAAUAUGCAGAUUCAGACCAUGGUUAAAAAGGCUCACAUUGGCAUAGUAACUGCUUUGGCAUUUUCCCCUGAUUCAAGGGCCUUGGCUUCUGUAUCCUGGGAUUCAAGUGCUAGGGUAACAAUAAUUGAAGAGAAGAACAAAAGUGGAGGGGUGAGCUUGUGGAUUUCCCUAUUUAUCAUCCUACUUGCAGCAGCUGCUUACUUCCUGAAGGUUGAACGAAUUGAUAAGUGAAGGUUCAAAUAUUUAGCUUUUUUUGAUGAAAAACUGUACUUAAAUAGUAUAUACAACAUGUAGUGCUAGCUAUACAGCUUUAUGAAUGCCACAAAAUUAGUUCUGACGCACUUUAAUUUUUGGGUGGUUUACAAAUACACUUUCAUAUAUCCAUUAUUCUGAAAGGUUCAAAUAAAGCUAUAAUGCUAUGUCAUGUAUUAAAUAUGAAGAUAGAUCAUUUGCUUUUACUUAUCUUUUGUAGUGAUUUAUUCUUAUGUACAAAAAGAAAAACCUCUUCUCAAUGAU